GCAGAGCAAAGUGAAGGCCAGUAAUGGUUAACAUAGUGGAAUCCUCGGAGUCUGCCAAUUGUUCUAAAGGAAGAUGAAGUCAGCCUUCUAUCUAUGCAUGCUGCUUGCUGUGCUCCACAGUGUUGCUCACUGUAGUCAUGAGGAUGGACAUGAUAAUCAUGAUGCAAAUUCUACUGAACAUGAUUCAAAACACGAAGGUGAAGCCAUGGCCUGUCUCAAAUUAGUUCCUAACAAUGCUGACUUUGCAUUUAGAUUGUACAAGGAGAUUACAUUAGAAGAACCUAAUAAGAACGUUUUUUUCUCUCCUGUGAGCAUCUCCACUGCCUUUGCAAUGCUGGCAUAUGCUGCUAGAUCAACCACUCAGACACAGAUUCUGGAAGGUCUCACCUUUAACCUGACAGAGAUUGAGGAGAGAGAGAUACAUGAAGGUUUUCAACAUCUCAUCUACAUGUUGAACAAUCCUGACAGCCAGCUCCAGCUCAAUAUGGGAAAUGCCAUAUUUCUCAGAGAAAAGCUGAAACCACUACAGGAGUUUUUAGAAGGUAUCAAAAACUUGUAUGAUACAGAAGCUUUUACUACCAACUUCAAGGACCCCACAGAGGCUGAGAAACAGAUUAAUACUUACGUUGAGAAGAAAACACAUGGGAAAAUUGUUGACUUGGUCAAGAAUCUUGAUCCAGAAACUGCACUGGUUCUGAUUAGCUUUAUUUACUUUAAAGGAAAGUGGGAGAAGCCUUUUGAGUCAGAGUUCACUGAAGAAAGAGACUUCUAUGUAGAUGAGGAAACAACAGUUAAAGUUCCUAUGAUGCACAGAACAGGCAUGUUUUACAUGCAUUUUGAUCAUGAUCUGUCUUGCACUGUGUUAAGACUUCAUUACAAUGGAAGCGCUACAGCAUUUUUUAUUCUGCCUGAAAAAGGAAAAAUGAAACAGUUGGAAGAUGCUCUGGUAAAAGAAACAGUUUCCAGGUGGUCAGAGUCGCUCUUUCUACGCUCAGCAUAUCUGUACAUCCCCAAAUUCUCUAUCUCUGGUACUUACCAAAUAAAGAACCUCCUCAUGAAAAUGGGGAUUACUGAUGUGUUCACUAACAGCGCUGACCUGUCUGGAAUUACUGGGACACCCGACUUCAAGGUUUCCAAAGUUGUCCAUAAGGCCAUGGUGAAUGUUGAUGAGAGAGGCUCUGAGGCAGCGGCAGCAACAGCUGUUGAAAUUAUGCCUCUCUCUUUUCCCCCACGCAUUGAAUUCAAGAGCCCCUUCCUAAUGCUGAUUUUUGAUAGAGUUACCAACAGCACACUCUUCAUUGGAAAAAUAAUGAACCCUAACGAAAAAUAAGUACAGAAGUACAGUUAACUCAACUACAAGUUCUGAUUGCUCUGACUGAAUAAAGGAACUUUGAAACAUGAAA